UUUGCUUCGUGUAUAAAAGGGGCACACUACCUAUAUUUGCAUACCCCAUCCUAAAACCCCUUCUUUGUGUGUAGAAAGAAGAGAUGGCUGGUGCAUUUAGCUCCUUCCUUAACAAGGUGAAGCCUUAUUUGGCUAUGGUGUCCUUGCAGUUUGGGUAUGCAGGGAUGUAUAUUGUAACCAUGAUGUGCUUCAAAAGGGGAAUGAGUCACUGGAUUCUUGUUGUCUAUCGACAUGCAUUUGCCACCAUUGCUGUUGCGCCCUUUGCUAUCGUUCUUGAAAGGAAAAUAAGGCCAAAGAUGACAGUCAGGGUCUUUAUUAAGAUAGUGGCUCUUGGUUUUCUAGAGCCAGUGAUUGAUCAGAACUUGUACUAUUUGGGACUGAAGAGCACAACUGCUACCUAUGCAUCUGCCUUUGUCAAUCUCCUCCCGGCAGUUACCUUUAUUCUGGCUGUAAUUUUCAGAAUUGAGAAAGUAAACCUGAAGAAGAAAUCAAGUAUGGCAAAGGUGAUAGGGACAACAAUAACAGUGGCUGGAGCAAUGGUGAUGACUCUUUACAAAGGCCCUAUGUUCAACUUGGUCCCACACGCUCACAGUGGCGUCCACCAUGAGGCCGCAGGCGCCACUGCUGAGAACUGGGUCGCUGGAACCAUUGAGCUCAUCUCUUGCAUUGUUGGUUGGUCCGGUUUCUUUAUUGUUCAAUCGAUGACACUGAAGGAGUACCCAGCAGAGCUAUCUCUGGCAGCAUGGGUAUGUGUGAUGGGUGUAGUGGAAGGGGGAAUUGUAGCACUUAUAAUGGAACGUGACUGGAAUGCAUGGGUUAUUGGCUUCGACUCUAGGCUCCUUGCUGCCGCCUAUUCUGGUAUUGUAUGCUCUGGAAUUGCAUAUUAUGUGCAAAGUGUGGUUAAUAAAGUAAAAGGGCCAGUGUUUGUGACAGCCUUUAGCCCAUUGAGUAUGGUCAUCACUUCAGUUCUUGCUGCUAUUAUCUUGGCUGAGUCAGUCCACCUUGGAAGCGCGAUUGGAGCAAUUAUCAUAGUCAUCGGACUUUACUCGGUUGUGUGGGGCAAGAGUAAGGAGGGGAAUGGAAAUGAAAUCACUGGCAACGAUCAAGAAUUACCAGUUGUGGACAUCAAAGAGAGGUCAACGAUUGUUGAUGAUAAUAACACUGAGAAGAAGGCUUCAAUCUUCCAAGAGCUCUAACAUCCAAAACAAAGAAGCUGUACUUUUUAAGUUUGUAAUUUUAAUUUUUGACUUGUUGGAUUGUUAAAACUUCCAAGUGUUGCUUUGAAACAAUGCUCUAAUAUUGUCAAUUAAUGUUGCCCUGAUGAACAAAAAUGUGUAAUCUACUUUUUGUGUAAAAGUUAAGGAGUGGUCUCUCCAUUUGGCAAUGAAAAAUGAAAAUGUUCUAUUUUACCCUCCAA